GCGCCAGUAUUCACGUUAUGGCGUGUAAACGAGGUGCUCUCAUUGUGCUGGAAGGGGUGGACAAAGCAGGGAAAACUACUCAGUGCAAGAAGCUGGUUCAGGCGCUGCAGCAUAACGGACAUGCCGCGGAGAUGAUGAGGUUUCCUGAAAGAACCACCACCAUCGGAAAGCUGAUUAGUGCUUACCUGGAGAAGAAGAGCGACUUGGAGGACCACACGGUGCACCUCCUCUUCUCCGCCAACCGCUGGGAAAUGGUGCCUGAAAUGAAGAGCAAACUGGAGCAAGGCACCACUCUGGUGGUGGACAGAUACGCCUUCUCCGGUGCUGCGUUCACCAGCGCCAAGCCAGGCUUCAGCCUGGACUGGUGCAUGAAUCCAGACGUGGGUCUCCCCAAGCCAGACCUGGUCAUGUUCCUGCAGCUAAGCCCGGCAGAGGCGGCGCUCCGAGGUCAGUUUGGGGAGGAGAGGUAUGAGAACAGUGUCUUCCAGAGAACGGUGCAGCAGAGGUUUGAGGAGCUCAUGAAGGAUUCGUCUGUCAACUGGAAGGUCAUCGAUGCUUCUCAGAGUGUGGAGGACGUACACAACAACAUCACAGCGCAAAGUCUCAACAUCAUCCACCUGGCUCAGGAGCAGCAUCUGGGAGAGCUGUGGAAGUGAGCGUCAACAAUAACAUGUGACGUGGUCUGUCACACGCGAAGAAAAAGAGGAGCAGAGAGGGAAAACAGCAUUAGGUUUGGGAGUUAUCUAUUUCAACCACGAAGCCCACUAUAAAAACUCUUAGCAUCGUUUUAUGUGAUCAUGCACAUUAUGUUAAAAUGUAAUACUUACAAUAUUUUGUUAUAAACCAUGACACACUUCUUUCCUGGCACAUUGAUUUCACUUACCCAUUAGCUAAUGCUACUUCAGUCAACAACACCGCAAUUUGGACACCCUUGCCUUAGCCAAGUCAGACUUUUUAGGUUAAAUAAUUAAUAAUUAAUAAAUAUGUCCCUCAUUUCCAGAUGUGAAUGUUGAAAGGUAUGGUGAGGAAAAAGGUGUAACAAAGAGAAUAAAUUGAAAAAAAAACCCAAAAUGAUAUAUUGGGGAAAAAUAAUGUAGAUAAUCAUUCAGGUUUGCAAUGCAAUUAAAGUGAUACUGUACUUUAUUAUAAUUAAAUAUCUAAAUAAUAAAGCCACAACAGUAAAAAAACAGGACAUUUUGUAAAACAAUUAUUUAGUGUUCCUAUUUUGAUUAAACACUUCCAUGUGCCCCCCCGCCCAUUCAUGGCACCACACAUGAAUAAACUUGAGACGGCAUGGUGAAAUAUCUGUCAGGGUUUAUUCCUAGUUGUUCCUCUUCUCGUCUGUCUACAUAUUGAGUGGUGAGUAAAUAAAUAAUCUGCAGAUGGAAGUGAUGGGGCAGAGAUACUUUGCAAUGAGUACAGGUGGUGUGGACACAGCGCAACUUGGAAGCAAGUUAAGGUAUGGACUGUGGAAAGGCACCGUUAUCACCUCAGAAUCAUCGACAGUUAAUCGUGUUAAGACUCAAAUGGAAACACGUACGUGAGGAUGUCCAUACGAGCCGACAAGCCCCCCCUCGCUCUGGGACGGAACGUGCGUUUUCAAAAGGGCCGCUGCCGCUGGGGAGGGAACGCUGCGUGACUGACGCAUGCCGACUGCAGCCUCUGCAGUGGAACCGUCUCCAGUUGGCGCUCCUCCCCAUGCGGCUUCCCCUCAGACACGGAGGCAGAGAAUCUUUUUUCCUUUUUUUUUUGUCACUGCCAACAGUACGUUAUUGUUCAUGUCUUCCUCACAAGGAAAGGAUCUCAAACUCUUCAUCCUCUGAAUCAAAGAACCGCUCCAGCCUGUCAGAGUCGGAGAAGUCUGCACAAAUAAUGCAACAUUGUGAAAAUUUGUCUCAGCAGCAAUGAUGAGAUGUGCAAAGAAC